AGUAAUAGAAGAAUUAAUGAAAUUUAUUCUGGCGUCAUUUGUUGAUAAAGUGUCCAUUUGUUGCAUCCUGUCAAUGAAUGAGGAGCUCAAGAAAUAUGCGAGUUGGCAUUUUUUAUAAAUAAAUAUCCACCCACAAUGCAAGUUCAUUUCUCAGGUUCAUUUACAUAUAAGUAUAGUGUGACAUGGGCUUUAGUUUUAGAUUAUGAUAUGCGAAUUCUGUAAUACGUACCGACCGAUAUGCAUGUAUGUAUAUAACCUCGUAAAAACAAUGGUAAUGUGGGCAUUGCAAUUUCCUCAAUGGUGGUCACAAGAAUAAUACCACAACUAUGUCUCAAUGUUUCGUUUAAUUAGUAGUAGUUGGAGCUUACAAGAAGUUCUAUGUGCAUGUCGAAUUUUGAAUACACACAUAAACACAUUUUGACGAGAUUUACGGUUCGUUCAAAAUGUCGGAUCAAGAACUUGAAAUCCUAGGAGGGGAUGAUCCUACAACAACACAACUUCCGCCCACAACGUUACAUGAAGGGAUAACUUUUAUGGAUUCCGACUUCAGGACGACGCUACCAUCUUCAUCAUCACAAAGUACUUCAGAAUCUUCCACGUAUUCAACAAGUUACGAAACAUCUCCCGUAAUUUCUUCAUUGUCUGACUUUUUCUCCACCACUCUCGGGGGGACAAAUGCCAGUGAAAGUUACACAACCACCACCGCAACCUAUACAACAACAGACUAUUUUUUAAGCCCUAAUGAUUCCACCUCAUCAUCCACAAUCACUUAUGACUCAUCAUCAUCCCAAUCAACAACUUUCUCAUCAAUCCUAUUCCCCAACCCGUCUGCCUUCCCGUCAGAAAUUGAACCACCCGAUUUUUGCGUCCCACCAACCUCCUGGACCACCACAGAAAUCGUCCUAACCUUGAUUCCGACCAGUUUCAUCAUGAUUUUCAUCAUCCUCGGAAACUUCCUCGUCAUAUGGGCCAUCCUCACACAGAAAAGUUUACGUACCCCGUCCAACAUUUAUAUCUUAUCGCUCGCCUUGACCGAUAUCCUCGUGGGAAUCUUCAUCCUCCCCUUUAACGUGUACGACAUGCUAAAUAACGGGUGGGAACUGGGCAACAUACUUUGCCGAACAUGGCUCACUGCCGACGUGACGUUGUGCUCUUCAUCCAUCCUUCACAUCUCCGCCAUCGCUGUGGACCGUUUCCGAAGCAUUAACGAAGGACUGUCCUACGCCCAGACGAGAACUUUACAAGCAAACGCUGUCGUUUGUGGAGGUUUGUGGUUUUUAGCCCUGUGGAUCGCAUCGCCACCCGUGUUGGGCUGGAAUGAUUGGAAAGACCAGUACGACACGGAUGUCUGUGCGCUAACCCGGAAAUUCGGGUAUAUUGUGCAUUCCGCCACGGGGGCUUUUUUCAUCCCGGCAUUUGUCAUGAUUGGAGUCUACGUUAGAAUUUACUUCCUCUUGAGGCAAAAGUUCAGGGAGAGGGCAGAGAUGAAAUGUUUGGAUCAUCACAGCAGCCACGAUCUCGACCAGUCUUCCGGUGAUACGGGGAUUGCCACGGGGAACAAUUCAACAGAAGUGGUUGACGACAAAAGUAUUACAACUGUGGGAGGAGAUGAUAAAGAAAAGAAAUCCAGGUUGACAAAUUUCUUUAAGAGGAACAAUUACAGGAUAAAAGAGGAAAAUUUAAAGGGUUCGAGGAGAGAUGUUUCUUCUGAAUUAAGUGAUUCCACGUCGACACCGUCGUCAUCCAUGGCAAGGUCAAAGUCAGUCCCUCCUCAAACCUCGACCUCCACUUCUUCGUCUUUGCGAAUUGCGUACGAUAAGAAGUCAACCCUUCAAAGAUUCUUGAGCAGAGUUGCCGCCCAAGAAGACAGGAAGCAUUCCGAGCAGAUUACUGCAAUUAUGAAGAAAAAGAUCAAGUUUUCUCUCAACAAGGAAAGAAAGGCGGCGAAAACGCUGGGGAUUUUGAUUGGAGCUUUUGUCAUUUGUUGGACACCGUUUACAAUGACAUAUUUAUUGAGUGGUGUCCUGCCCAAGUGUUACAUAGGGGCGACAUUUUUUCAAACUGUGACAUGGCUAGGCUACGUAAAUUCCGCACUUAACCCAGUAAUCUACAAUAUGUUUAGUAGCGAGUUUAAAACAGCAUUUAAAAAAAUUGUGUGUUAGUUGUAUCACUUAUUUAGAAAUAGAUAAAUUAUGAGAAAUUGUUCAAUUCUGAGAUUUUUUUUCCUUUUCUGAUCACUUGUCAAAGGUGUUUCGUCUAUUGGGACCAUAUUCGUGAGCUUAUCUCCGGCUAUGUGACCUUGACACGAUUUUUGGCGUUGGGUUGUAGAUUCACGAUAUAAGUCGCCUUUAGUGACGCAAUCAGAAAAGGGCAAAAUACCUUGUAAAUUGUAUCUAUUUUUCAUACAGAACCAGACCCACUUACUCAGACAUAUACAUUGAGAUAUCAUCUCCAUCACGAAUCGAGUCGAUAGGUAACCCAGUUGGCUUUACUAUACAGCAAUACUUGAAUUCUGGAGUGCCGCAACAAUGGACUGCCAAGGACGAUGCUGACUGGGGACAGUAAAACCCUGUGUUCCAAUUGUUGAAGAGAUCCGUAUAUCCAGAGCAGUAUUCAUUUCCGAGCACUGCAACAAAACAAAAAGAAGUAUGAGAAUGGUACAAGUGUGACAAAAUAAAUAAAAUUAUAAUGUAAUAUGUCUGAA